UUUAUCCCUAAACAACAUCUCAUUCUUUCCACCAGCGUAUGUCUCAACUCCUGUUCCAUAGCCUUUGAUCUCCAUUCUCAUGUCAUGGUUUCUAGUGAGAUGAACCCAAACCCCAAUUGGUCAUAAUCAUUGAUUCAAUUGAUUGACAUAAUCAAAUGCACCCCACAUUCUCUUUUUGAUUGAUUGCAUCAAAGUUGUAAACUUUUCCUCAAAUCUCAAAAUGGGUAUCAAGGGUUUCGUCGAAGGAGGCAUAGCAUCCAUGAUUGCAGGGUGUUCCACACACCCUCUUGAUCUCAUCAAGGUCCGAAUGCAGCUCCAAGGAGAGGCCCAAUCCCAAAACCUCCGACCCUCUCUCGCUUUCAACCCAACCUCUACCCACCCACCACCACCGGCGGCGGCCAGGCCGGGUCCCAUCGCCGUCGGCGUUAAGCUAGUCCAACAGGAAGGCUUCGCCGCACUAUUCUCCGGCGUCUCCGCCACCGUUCUCCGCCAGCUCCUGUACUCCAGCACUCGCAUGGGGCUCUACGACAUGAUGAAGAAGAAAUGGUCCAAUCCCAACGGCACCAUGCCACUCACGAACAAGAUCGCGGCGGGGCUGAUAGCUGGCGGAAUUGGCGCUGCCGUCGGGAACCCCGCCGACGUGGCAAUGGUCCGAAUGCAGGCCGACGGGAGGCUCCCACCGGCGCAGCGGCGGAACUACAAGUCCGUGGUCGACGCGAUCACGAGGAUGGUGAAGGACGAGGGCGUCACCAGCCUGUGGCGCGGCUCAUCGCUCACGGUGAACCGCGCCAUGCUGGUGACGGCGUCGCAGCUUGCUUCGUACGACCAGUUUAAAGAAAUGAUCUUGGAGAGGGGCUUGAUGGGUGACGGGCUCGGGACUCACGUGACCGCGAGCUUCUCAGCAGGUUUUGUGGCGGCAGUUGCGUCGAACCCCGUGGACGUGAUCAAGACGAGGGUGAUGAACAUGAAGGUGGAGCCAGGGGCGGCGCCACCGUACUCCGGUGCUAUUGAUUGCGCCUUGAAGACGGUGCGCGCGGAAGGUCCCAUGGCUCUUUACAAGGGUUUUAUUCCCACGAUCUCGAGGCAGGGACCCUUCACGGUUGUGCUUUUCGUGACGUUGGAACAGGUUCGUAAGUUGCUUAAGGAUUUCUAGAGUUUCUGAGGCGUAUGCAGGUUCAAAGUGCUGAUAUACUAAGGAGGCAAAGUUGUUUGUUUUUUAGGGCAUUCUUGGAAAUUAGAAUGACAAAUAGACUUGCAUAUUUUGAUUUUUCUAGUGGGUGCCAUGGUGGCAAUGUUUCAAAGGCUUCUUAGGAAAUGUUAUAUUUUUUUUCCUUCACUAAGUUUUUAUCUUAGGUUUUUCUGGUGAUUGAAUUGUUUCCUCUAUUUAAUGAAAGAAUUGUUCUCA